CCGGAAACCUCGACGUCGACCGACAAUUGAGCAUAGCAAAAGAUUUACGAUGGCAUCUAAACUUGAAGCGACGUUAGCGAAGAUGCGUUCGCGUUUGGAAGAGAAGAACUACUACGACGCUCACCAGACCAUCCGUACCAUCGCAAACCGUCAAGUCAAGCAAAAGAACUACCCUGCCGCAAUCGAGUUGCUCUACUCCUCCGCCCAACUCAUGCUCCAGUACGAGCAAGGCGCCGAAGGUGCCGAUUUGGGGUUGUACAUGAUCCAAGUCUACACCCUCGCCGAGAAGGGCCCAGACCCAACUACACGGGCACAAACUAUCCAACUCCUCCGCUUAUUCAAGCCUGAUGAGCCAGGGCGGAAGACAUUCAUCAAAGAAGCACUCGCGUGGUCAAAGAAGUUCGCGGAAGUGAAGAGCGGCGAUCCAGAAAUCCAGCAUGCGUAUGGCACGAUUCUAGUUGGUGAGGAUGAGAUAACAGAGGCGGAGAAGCACUUGAUUGUUGGGAACCGGGAGUCGCCAGUGGUGUUGGCAAAGGCGCUGUAUGAGUGGUAUACGGAAGACGAACCACAUAUGGCGCCCAUGUACAUCAGCCGCGCAGUCCUCCCCUACCUCGCCCUGGGAAACCUCGAAGCCGCCGAACGCUCGCUAGACGUCUUUACCAACCUCCUUUCCGCACCAUCACAAUCCAUCUCCUCUCCAAUCGCGGAUACAACCAUCUUCCCUUCCCUCCCCCUCCUCAACUUCCUCCGUCUUCUCACGUUGUCUGCGGCGAGAGGAACACCCGAUCUGUGGCGUGCGUUGAAGGGGAGGUAUGAGCGGGAUUUGAGGGAUGUGAGUGCGUGGGAUGAGGUGUUGGAGGGGAUUGCGGAGGUGUGGUUUGGGGUGAGAAAGCCGAGGCCACAGGGGAAUAUGUUGGCGGAGUUGAUGAGUGGGAUGUUUGGUGGUGGAGCAGGGGGAGGAGCUCCGAGGGGUGCACCGAGGUUGGGAGGAGGACCUUCGGUGGAGGGAUUGGAUUGAUAGAGUGUAGGAGUUAUAUCUAAUUGCAUUAUCUAUAAGAUCUGUCUGCGC